CUUCUUGACUCGUAAUGAGUGAUUCAUGGUUUAAUUCUAACAAGUGUCAUUGCUGCAUCUCUCUGGCAUCUCCGUGACCUGGACUAUUCUGUGCUGUUGCCUAAUCCUUGCCUCGUGACUCGUGUGCAGUUUGAAGAUUUGAAAUGAGUGGCAAUAGAAUUCGCGAUCCGCGCGAGGAAAUUCUCUUGGAGACCAAUUUCGAUGAAGAUGGGGCGCUCACGCGGGCGUACAACAAUAACAAUCCCGCCGCCACGCGAAGGCAGAACUCCAUGCGAUCCGAGUAUUCAGUGGAUCGCUACUCCACGGCUUCACUCCACGGGAAUCGCAGAAAAGGUGACUGCUGCAAAUCGUGCAUGACCCGCAUUCCCUAUGCCACGCUCAUCGCCACCGUGAUGUGCCUGAUCGGCGUGAUCGUGUUCUGUGGCACAAUGUACAGAGGCACGAGUCUCACGGUGAUAAUGCUGGAUCAGGUGUUCCACAUUCGUCUGCUGUGGAUUGAGGCGGUGCAGCUGAUCUUCGUGAUCAUUGGCGCCUCAAUGGGCGCUCUGGGCUUCAUGAUCCUCUUCGUGGGCUUUCUGGCGACCGGAGCGACGCGCUACAAGGUGUACAGAGCGUGGCGUUCACGUGUCGGCGGCCGAAUCUCCUGUGCCGUCUUCAUGGGCAUCACGUAUGUGCUGAACAUCGUGUGGAUCCUGAUUCUGUGCUUCCUGGCCAUUGUCACGUUUGUGUUCACUAUUUUCUGGAACAUGUGCUCAACACCCGACGUGCAAUCGCACAAGUCUUGCAUUGACUUCACGCAGUUCUACUUCAUGUUUCCGGACGGCACGCCGCAGGAGCGCAUGAAGGUGUGCAAGGAGUUUGAGGUGAAGGCUUUCUGCAAGGACGCCGUGGAGACGGCUGAAAUAAUGUUUAUUCUGGCCUCUGUCUCGUGUCUCCUCAUCAUUCUCAGCCUCGUGCACUAUUUGAUGUGCCUGGCGGCCAAUUAUGCCCACAUUCGGGACCAUGAGAAGUUCCAGGAGCUGCAGGAGAUUCAAAAUCUCAACGAUAUGGAGUACAGUGCCGCCAGCAAGGAGAGAUUCUAGAAUUCGGCCCGUGGGAAUUAUCCUGAGUACAAUGUUUGAAGACUCUUUGAAUUUAUCGGUCCACAGAAAACAAUAAACAGCAGCUUCCCGAUCUCUCAUUGCAGCAAUAGCGACAGAAAGUACCUAAUUUAUUUGCAAGCAUAGCAUUAAUUCCUCUACAUAUCCGUCCAGCGAGAGGUUUCAUUUUACUUUGAAAGGAUUUCAAUUUUUCUUUAGUUUUAUGUACUCAGCAUAAUUCCACGGAAAUUGUCGGUGUUUUUUAAGAGAGAGGAUUUUACGUAUUUCAUAGGCUACACAUCAAGACAUAGAAUUUAGCACAUUCCAUUAAGUAUUUCAUGGAUUUCAUGCAUUUUAUCGUAGAUAUUUGUAAUAGAAAUGUGAAAAUGCCGCGGUAUUGCUGAGAAAGCCAACAAGAUGUAAUGAUUGUAGAAUUUGGCCCCGGAAGACACAAAAUAUAGCAAUUUAUCAUAAGAUGAAGCACAAAUUUACAGAUGUAAUGUUUAGAUGUAAGUGAAAAAUACUGCCCAAUUUAUCCAUUUACAAAAGGAAAUACAAAUAUAUAUAUUUUCCAUCCUUUUGAGAGACAUUACGACGAAAUUGAAGACUUAUCCAAAAUAAUAUAUUGAAUGUAAUCAAAAGUGGAUUAAAAAACACGUAUUUAUAAGCCUAGAGAGCGAUAAGAAAUUGAUUGUAUUAGAUUGAAAAUCUAGCAUUGUUGCAAUGUAUGUAGACAAUGAGAAGGUGUAAUAAUGGAGAAACCCCAUAAAUAUCGACCUAAUGUGAAUUUAUUCAAUAAAUUUGUAC